AAGAACAACAGAAGGGCGUGCGAAACAUGACUUCCCUGAAAGAAGAAGAGGCAACAGAAUAUCUUAAAAAACAUAAAAUAUUAGAACUUAUGGAUAAUUUAACCAGCAUGAUAUUUUUUCACAGGCCAGAAAGACCACGGGAAUUCUUGAUUGAACAGUUGGAACAGAUAAAAUUGUCUAAAAAAACUUCAGUGAAUAGUCCAUGUCUGUUUUCUGAUGCCAAUUUGGAUGCCAUUUUUGGAAUCUUGGAUCCUAUUAAUCGAGGUCACAUCACUUAUGCUCAGUUCAAAGAAGCUCUCACCACUCUCGGGAUCAAGAAUAUCAAUGAUCAGCCAGAUGGUUCUGUGUCAGACCAAAUCACCAAAGACACAUUUAAAAAUGAGGCGAGAUUUGGGCUAUCUGUAAGCUCAGACACUUUCAUUAUGGAGUGAUGACCUGUGGAGCCCAGUCCAGAUGUAUUUCAAAUUUUGCUCAAAUUUAACGUAUAUACCAUAACUUUGUUAAUACAAUAUUGACUACAAAUUAAACAUAUUUCACCAGUU